CGAUGUAGCUGUUGGUUGUAUAUUUCUUAGAUAAUCCGGAUUUCGCGGAGUGAGAACUGAGAAGAAGUUUUGGGUCCGAAUGGUCUAAAUGGAGUUCGACUGCACUAAUUACGGUUUGAGAUCGUUUGUACCGGCGACAGAUUUUCAAGCCGAAGUAGGAGAUCUGAUAGAAAUUGAUCGUACAUUAUAUUCUGACUGGUGUUUGUAUGUUGGAGACGGCAACGUGGUCACGUUGACUGGACAAGACAUUCCGACAAAACAUGUCACCGUCAAGUUAGCUUCCCUGGUCGACGUUGCUGGAGUCAGUGGAGUCAGAAUAAACAAUAAAGAAGUGCCAGCCAAAGAAAAAUCUCUUCCACCUCUUCCAGUCGAUGAGGUAUUACAGAGAGCAUUGGCUGUGAUCGGGACUAAAGUCAAUUAUAACUUUUUAACCAAAAACUGUGAACACUAUGUAACUGAAUGGAAAUAUGGCCGAGGAUGGAGUGAUCAGGUAAAAUAAAUAUUAUCGUUUCGAUUUAUUUUUAAUAUCUUUUUUAUAAUUUACGUGCAAGAAUUAUGUCAGCUCUUAAUAUAAAUCCUCUUAAUAAUUACAUUAAAUUAAUUGCACGAUGAUAAUGAUGGUGUGACUAGCGGAAUACGUGAAUUUCACUCUUGGUAAAUUGAUGUGGUUAGAGAAAUUGAUUAAUAAAAAAAACAAUUUUUUAAUUAUUUUAAUUGAAAAGAAUGAAUAAACAAAUAGAUGACAAUUAAGUAAAAAAAAAAUAUAUAUAUAGAAUUUUAUAAGGUAUCCAAACAAAAGGAAUUGUGCAUAUAUUUUAUUGGUAUAUCUAAGGUAAAACUGAGAUUAAAUGCAGUAAAAUGUUGAAAAAUUGAGCAUGUUCUUCGUAAUCCAUCGGCAUUGCUUGCAAUUUUUUCUUAAACUUGCUCCAUCUCAUUCUUAUUGUGAUAUGCAAGAAAGAUAUUUUAUAUCUAAAAAUUUGUGAAAGUAUACAAUAUAUAUGUCAAUUAUUUAAGCCAU